CGCGGCCAUCCCGUAGGAGGAGCAGCGCUGACCAGCGGAGAAUAAGCGAAGUGCAUCAAACAGCACAGCCACUUUUUCAUCAGCACAGCUUUUGGGAUAUAAUCACUUUAGAAGCCGAAAGCGGGAGAGCAAACCGUCUUGUUGACAUUGUUUAGGCUGCAGGUCGCAGUUUCAGCACCGGUCAUCAUGGCAGCGCUGACCAGCGGAGAGGUGUGCAUCAAAUACCUCCUCUUCGUCUUUAAUUUCGUCAUUUGGCUUGCAGGCACAGGAGUCCUGGCUGUUGGACUGUGGCUGCGUUUUGACAGCAGGACUGAGGGCCUUUUUCAAGUAGAGGGCUCGCCUACUGCAUUCUUCACAGGUGUUUACAUCCUUAUUGUGGCUGGUGCCCUCAUGAUGGUGGUUGGCUUCCUUGGCUGCUGUGGAGCUAUUCGAGAGUCACCGUGCAUGCUGGGAUUGUUCUUCAUUUUCCUGCUUGUCUUAUUUGCGGCAGAGGUAGCAGCUGGAAUCUAUGGACUGUCAAAUAAAGAUACGAUUGUGGACGAGUUGAAAACUUUCUACAAGGAGACCUACCAAAAUUACCAAACUACAAAGCAGGAAGCCCUCAAGGAGGCUUUGCGAGCGAUCCAGUAUAGCCUUCAAUGCUGUGGUACCACUGGAACAGCUUUUGAUAUUGCCCAAGACACAUGUCCGAAGAAGGAGGGUUCGCAGCUUCUCAUUACAACGAGUUGCCCAGCUGCCAUAGAUGACCUGUUCAACUCCAAGCUGCACAUUAUUGGAGGUGUUGGAAUUGGCAUUGGUGUGAUCAUGAUCUUUGGCAUGAUCUUCAGCAUGCUGCUGUGCUGUGCCAUCAAACGAACCCGAGAAAUUGUUUAAGGAGCUCUCAGACCCUCUGUUGUUACACCUACCUGCCUGCUGUUGAUUUUAGCUUUAAGGUCAGGCCAAGCCACAGACCACCGCUUCAGCACACCUUAAAUAAUCGUAAAUUAUUUCCUGAUGCUGGCCAGCAAUGGCCACCUCAGCUGAAUGUCUCUGUAUGGAAUAAUUUUUACCAGUCAUACCCCCUAAAUUAUCAUAGAUGAUGGCUUGGUGUGAUAUAUAUUUUUUUUUUCCCCAGAUGUUUUGAUGUCUGUUUUUAAAUGUAUGUGUGAAUAUGCUCUUGUAAACAUUUGAUUUUAUUUCUUUUUACAAUUCUAACUUUAACUAACUUUAAGAGAUGAUGAUAAUAAUAAAAUAUUUUCUGCAUAUACCAGUACUAGACUUUUGAUGGAAAGUAGUUAAUGCUAAAUAAAAUUGUCUAAUACCAACA